AUGACUGAUAUUACAAAAGAGCUUGUACAAGGGCGACAUGUUAUAGUACUUGAUGAAAAUAAUCAAAUUCACAAAGGUGAAAACAAUAAAGUACUAAUUUACGACAAUAUAAUUGGAACGCUUACUGAAGUACCACUAUCACCUGAAGUUAUUUCAUUUUUUAAUCUUCCAAUAGAAGAUAAAACUCAAAUUUCUACAGAGAAGACACAAGUACAAAACUUAAGUUUAUAUAAUGAUGGUAACUCCAGUAGCAACGAUUCAUCAAAAUUGUGUGCAACAUGGGAUGAUAAAUCUGUGAAGCUCUUAUUUACAUUAUAUAAAGAUCAUCAAGAUGCUUUUAAAAGCACUUCUAUUAAAAAUGAAGUAGUUUGGGAUAAAAUUAGAAUGCAAAUGAAGACUGAUAAAGGAUACAAUUUUACUAGGCAACAGAUAAAAGAUAAAUGGACGAACAUGAAAAAAAAUUACUUACGAGUUAAAGAUCAUAAUAAAAUGACAGGUGCUGCACCCAAAACUUAUCGGUAUUAUGAUGAAAUGGAUGAUUUAUUUGGAGAUAAACCAAACGUAAAUCCUGUUGCAACUUCAUCAAAUAUGAGAGCUAAUGAUCAAAAUAUGUCAAUGGAUGACGAUGAUAUAAAAGAAAGUAAUCAACAUAAAGUAAAGAAAAGUAAGGUCGAACGACAGUUAUCUUCGUGGACAGACAAAUUUAUUCAGCAUACUAAAGAGAAAGAUGAUCGACGUGAACAGCACCAAAAAGAAAAAAUAGAUGCUAUCAACAAUGCAACAGAAACAUUUCGUAAUACAAUGGAGAAAUUAAUUGAAAAACUUUAG